AUGGUUAAUUCUAAUUUGUCGCUUGCUUGCUAUCCACUGACAAGAGAUUCGGAAAAUGCUGGGAACUGCACUGCAACUAAGCUUCUAGAUUCCGAGAAUAACAAUUCCAAUCAUGAAUCUUUGUGUUCUUUGUCAAAGCCAUCUCCUUGUGAAUCUGUAGAAACUGCUAGUAACAUUGAUAGGUUCUUGGAGUCCACAACUCCAUUAGUCCCCGCACAGUAUUUCUCAAAGACAACAAUGAGAGGUUGGAAAACUUGUGAUGUUGAGUAUCAGUCUUAUUUCACUCUUGAUGAUCUGUGGGAGUCAUUCAAGGAGUGGAGCGCGUAUGGUGCAGGAGUGCCCUUGCUUCUUGAUCAGAAUGAAUCUGUUGUACAAUAUUAUGUGCCUUAUUUGUCAGCCAUCCAACUGUAUGGUCAAUCUUCUCAGAAGUCAAGUGCUAAGCCAAGGUACACCAGUGAAGACAGUGAUGGUGAUUAUUACAGAGAUUCAUGUAGCGAUGAAAGCAGUGAUUAUGAAUUUGGGAAAAGGACUGAUCAGUUUAUAGGACAGAGUAGUCAAUAUCUUACAGGUGAUGUUUCUUUAGGAAUGAGCAGGCUUUCUGUACAUGAUAAGCCCAAUACAAUACACGAAGGCUUUUCCAGUGAUGACAGUGAAACUGGAAAUCCUCAGGAUCUAGUUUUUGAGUAUUUUGAACCAGAUCCUCCUUAUAGCCGUGAACCAUUGGCUGACAAGGUACUAUAUCUUGCACGCCACUAUCCUGGCCUAAAGUCAUUAAGAAGUUGUGAUUUAUUACCAGCUAGUUGGAUGUCUGUGGCAUGGUAUCCUAUAUAUCGAAUACCCACAGGUCCAACAUUAAAAGAUUUAGAUGCCUGCUUUCUUACAUACCAUACACUACAUACACCCUCAACAGGUGGUGGUCGUACUCCGGCUCCCGUAUUGGUUUAUCCCAAUGAGAUGGAUGGCAUACCAAAGAUUUCAUUGCCCACUUUUGCAAUGGCCUCCUAUAAGUUAAAGGGAUCCAUGUGGAUGAAAAAAGGAGUUGGUGAGGGUCAACUGGUGAAUUCCCUCUUUCAGGCUGCAGAUAACUGGUUAAGGCUUCUUCAGGUGAACCACCCAGAUUAUCAGUUCUUUAAAUCAUGGCGCCGCACCACAGGUGAAGUAAAUUAGACGACACGUCAUUCCAUUCUCUCUGCUACGGCCAAAAGCUCAAAUCUCUGUGUUGAUUGCUUGGUGUGAAGUUGAUAAAAAGUCUAUCCAUCUUAUGGAGAUUGUGGUAACUUGCCUAAGCAGUAGAAAAGAUGAUGCUGAAGUGGAAUGUUGGUUUAUACGGAGGAUGGAGAAAAAGAAAACUCCAUCAUAUAAGUGGAAGGCCUUAGUGAAAAAGGUGAAAAUCUAAUAAAGAAAAAAUGGCUAGAGGAAAUUGAUGAACAGGGAGCAUCUGCGGGAUCAUGCCACCAUUUGAAUAAUGGUUAAAUAUUUACAAAUAGUAGUUGUGAUUUCGAAGAAAAUGGGUGUUUGGUGUAUAACAAUAAGAAGGCGCAAUUUUGGUACUACUGUAUGAUAGCACUAAUGACUAAACUAUGAAUUAUAAUGCUAGUGCUGUAUCCUUGACACUUUAGAUGCUGGUCGGUUUGGGAUAUGAAUGUUGUCAAGAAUUCUGUGGGUGUGUGUGAAAUAUUACAAGACAACUUAUGAUUGAUGUUGAAAA